ACCGUAAAGUGACGGAGGUAUAACAAACCCAGAUCCCCCAUUCCCGUGGAAAAGUACCAUUAUUUUCUGGGUCCCACAUUAUGUUGAGAAGUAAAACUUGGAAGAAAGAAGGCCUCCACACAUUCCACACAGCAACUCCAACCCUACGUUUGUAUACUUAUAAAUACAUUAACACACUAGUCCCUGUGUUAUCCCUUUCCUCUUCCUCUCCUUCUGGGUAAGUAGAAAACUUUGAUUUGUGAUUUGGGUCCGACUUGUUCGACCUUUUGUGUCUGUAAAUGAGUUGUAUCAAUGAGGGGCAAUUGAAUGUGGAGCUACAGAGUAAAGUGAAAGUGGGUGGGUGUGUUGAUGUGGGUUUUGAUGAGGAACCAGAGACGGUGGCCAUUGAAGAUGCUGUGAAAGUUCUGUUGCAGGGUCUGGGUGAAGAUAUCAAUCGUGAAGGCCUCAGGAAGACCCCUCUUCGCGUCGCCAAGGCCCUUCGGGAAGGAACCACAGGUUAUAGACAAAAGGUAAAAGACAUUGUCCAAGGUGCUUUAUUUCCUGAAGGAGGAUUGGAAAGUGGAGUCGGUCACGGUGGAGGAGCGGGUGGGCUUGUUAUAGUCCGAGAUCUUGAUCUCUUUUCAUACUGUGAAUCUUGCUUGCUUCCAUUCCGGGUCAAGUGUCACAUAGGUUAUGUCCCAUCAGGGCAAAGAGUUGUUGGCCUGAGCAAGCUCUCUCGGGUAGCUGAUGUCUUUGCGAAACGGCUCCAAGUACCACAGCGUCUGGCAGAUGAAGUGUGCUCAGGUUUGCAGCAGGGCAUCAAGCCAACAGGUGUUGCUGUCAUUCUUCAGUGUUUACACAUUCACUUCCCAAAUUCUGCAUUGCCCUUUCUUGACUCAAACUGCCAAGGAUGGGCAAAGGUAAUGGUUUCUUCAGGUUCAGGAGCUUUUGAAAAUGAGAAGGCAGACAUUUGGGGGGAUUUCCUGAGUCUUCUAAAAUGCAGAGGAUUAAAUGUGGAGAAUUUUCAUUCCGGAGACUCUGUUGACCAAUCUUGGUGCCCAUCUCCGUCUUCCUCCAAGAUAGGACCAACCAAUUCAGGAAUGAUUGAUGCGGUAGCUUCAAUUCUUCGGUCUUUGGGUGAAGAUCCAACAAGAAAAGAGCUUGUAGGAACUCCAACUCGUUAUCUCAAGUGGCUGAUGAUUUUUAAAAAGUCUAAUUUGGAGAUGAAGUUGAAUGGGUUUGCUCUUGGUAGAAUAGAUCCUGUUAAGUCCAAUGGGGAUGUCGGUCACAACAAUGAACAGAUCCAUUCUGAGCUAAAUUUGGCAUUCUUGUCCCAGUGUGAACAUCAUUUACUUCCCUUUCAUGGUGUCGUACAUAUAGGAUAUUGUUGCGCUCAAGGAGUCGAUCCCAUUGGAAAAUCCCUUCUAGAGUCAGUAGUACAUUUCCAUGGUUUCAAGCUCCAAGUUCAGGAAAGACUUACCAGGCAGAUUGCUGAGACUGUUUCGUCACUUUUAGGCAGAAACAUUAUGGUAGUAGUGGAGGCUAACCACACUUGUAUGGUCUCUCGAGGGAUCGAGAAGUUUGGAAGUAAUACAGCUACUAUUGCUGUUCUAGGUCGUUUUUCAACAGACCCUGCUGCAAGAGCAAUAUUUUUGCAAAGCAUUCCGAACUCUACCAUUGAAGGAUGAUUUUUAAUCCAAAUACCGCAAUAACAAAAUUUCAGGACUGCUCUGUAUGCCUUAUUCGGUUCUUUCAGCUCUUUGGCUCAGUCCUGACACAUGCUUGAUGGGGCAAUUCAUAAGCAGAUCUCAGGGAUGCCCGGUAAUGUGGGUCUUGCCCAGAGUUCACUUUGAGAUUGCGUAAUAUGAUGAUUGAGAAAUCGGCAAUUUUAAUUUACUUUACAUAUGUAAUAUGUAUAGCAUAAAGAUUUUCUUCACCAACAAGACUAUCAAAGAUGGUUUGAGUGUUGUUGAAGUGUCUCGUAUCUCGACCCUGGCUGAAAGAGCAUUUAUUCGGGUCAUCUGUAUUGUGUUUUCAUUAGUAUAGUUUGUCAACUGAUGCAUGGCAGGCCAUCUGAUUUUGAAAGGGUUGGUCACAAUAUGCCUUCUUACAUAUAUAUAUUAUAUAUAUAUAUAAUAUUUUUUUUUAUCUCUUAUU